AAAAUUGCGCGAGGGAACCUAGAAGCUGAAUACACAGAACUUGCAAGCGAAGCUCUGGAAAUAAGAUCAGAAUUAGAUAUCAGGAACCUCACAAGAGACGAGAACGAAAACAUCAAGUCUCGUGACGAAUCAAUAUCUACGGUUUUUAAUAAGGGAUUUCUCGUUAAAGAGAACGCUAGUCUUAAAGAUGAAAAUGCUUUACUUAAACAGCUGAUUAACAACUACAAAUGUAUUACAUCGGACUUGAGAACAAAGGUCAAAGAUUUAGAAAAUGAAAAAGACAGCUUG